AUGUUCAGAAUAGCGAAAAAUCUAGUCAAGACGUUGGAACAGAGCGUCCAAGAGACAUUGUCCCUUUCUCAGAGCUCAAGUCAGUUGGAUGCUUUCUUUCAGUCAAUCCCACCAAAUCUAUUGUUACCUCAGACACAUUCUCAUUCGCAGCAGGACCAAGAGCAACCGCAACAUUCCGUAGAACAACAUCACCAUCCCCGCCGCUUCAACGAAGUUGUUUCGGGUCUGCGAGUUGUAUACGUGAGCGAAACCCAACGGCAACUUCAAUCGUACUUUGAUUAUAUUGUAGGGAUCAAUGACGACGCUAUACCACUGAUAAGCAAUCAGCAUGGCUAUUUCUACCCGGAUUAUAAUCAAAUAACACAGAUCUUCAACGCCCAUAAUAACAACACGAUAAAGCUGAAUAUCUGGUCCGCCAAGGGCGGCAUUUUUAGGGACGAGUACAUUUCAGUGGUCUCUAAAGACGGAACAAAUCUGGAAGACGUUUCGCUAUCUUCAAACUCAAUGAGGGAAUCGGAACAUGUUUUCCAGCCUCUGGGAUUCAAGGUGCAAUGGACACCUUUAAUCGCGUCUACUUUCACCUAUCACGUCCUGAACAUCAAUCUUGAGAGAGGCCCCGCUGCGCUGGCAGGCUUGAUACCAGACGAAGAUUACAUCAUAGGGUGCCAGGACGGGCUGCUGGCCACGGGAGGCGAGACCCUAUUGCAGGAUAUUGUGAGGUCGCGUGCCAACCAUGACCUUUCACUUUACGUUUACAACGUGGUCCACGACUGUGUUAGGCCUAUAACCGUCCAUAUCGGAGGCGAUGGGAGGCUGGGGUGCAACGUGGGAUAUGGAUUUCUGCACCGGAUUCCCACUGUGAUAAAACCGAACCAUGAGCAUGGUCCACUGGAACCUUCAAGCCCAGCGGCGGAUUUGGAACCUGUUUCAAGCUCCACUUUUGUCCCCAGCUCGCUAGUGGCUCCGGCGUCCGCCAAAAAGACCGGUACUAAAGGCAAGAAAAAGCAUUCUGGAGCGCCGCCAAAAGAUGCCCUGAUGAGUGACUAUUUCAGUGAGGGCAAGGAUGAAUCUGCAGUGUCGACAAUGCAGCACAAUGGCGAUGAAUCUGCAGUUCCCCCACCACCCUCCUAA